GCGGCGGGCGGCGGCGCUGCCGCGGGCGCCCCACGGCGGCUCUCGCUCUCCGCAGGGCGACGCGCCGACGGGGGCGUCGACGGAGGCGGCUCCCUGCGGCCGCUCUACAUGGACGUGCAGGCCACCACGCCGCUGGAUCCUCGAGUUCUGGACAGCAUGCUGCCCUAUCUAAUGACCUACUACGGCAACCCGCAUUCCAGGACUCACGCCUAUGGGUGGGAGAGCGAGGCGGCCAUGGAGAAAGCAAGACGGCAAGUUGCAGAUUUAAUAGGAGCUGAUCACAGAGAAAUUAUUUUUACCAGUGGCGCUACAGAAUCAAAUAACAUGGCAAUUAAGGGUGUUGCAAGAUUCUAUAAAUCCAGAAAGAAGCACAUCAUUACUACCCAAACAGAGCACAAGUGUGUGUUGGAUUCUUGCCGUUCCCUGGAGACGGAAGGUUUUCAGGUCACAUACCUGCCUGUUAAAAGAAAUGGGCUUGUAGAUUUGAAGGACUUGGAGGAUGCACUCCAGCCAGAUACAAGUUUGGUUUCUGUAAUGACUGUGAAUAAUGAAAUAGGAGUAAAGCAGCCAAUUCGUGAUAUUGGUGAGAUCUGCCGUGCUCAUAAGGUAUUCUUUCACACAGAUGCUGCACAAGCAAUUGGUAAAAUUCCUAUGGAUGUCAAUGAUAUGAAAAUUGAUCUAAUGAGCAUCAGCGGCCAUAAAAUUUAUGGUCCGAAAGGGGUUGGCGCUAUCUAUGUUCGCCGUCGACCACGUGUGAGGCUGGAGCCCUUACAAAGUGGGGGAGGUCAGGAGAGAGGACUGCGAUCUGGGACUGUGCCUACUCCUUUAGCGGUGGGCCUUGGGGCUGCAUGUGAAGUGGCACAGCAAGAGAUGGAGUAUGACCAUAAGCGCAUCUCACUACUGGCAGAACGACUGGUUACGAAAAUAAUGAAUGAAGUUCCUGAUGUAGUUAUGAAUGGAGAUAGAGAGCAUCGCUAUCCAGGGUGCAUCAAUUUAUCUUUUGCAUAUGUGGAAGGAGAAAGUCUUCUGAUGGCUCUGAAAGAUGUGGCUCUAUCUUCAGGAAGUGCUUGUACAUCUGCCUCUCUGGAGCCUUCCUAUGUUUUACGUGCAAUUGGGACAGAUGAAGACUUGGCUCACUCAUCCAUAAGGUUUGGUAUUGGUCGUUUCACUACAGAAGAAGAAGUCGAUUAUACAGUGCAGAAGUGCAUACAGCAUGUUAAGAGGCUGAGAGAAAUGAGUCCACUGUGGGAAAUGGUGCAGGAUGGAAUAGACCUCAAAAGCAUUAAAUGGACUCAGCACUGAGAAAACAACUUAGCUCUAACCAUGGACUAGAUGGAUGUGGAUUAAAAUGCUUUUUCUGUACAUUCCUGAACAUUCAUUCAAUUCAUGCAGCACUUCCCCCCCACAUUUACAAUGUGACUGGAAUACUGCCCUUUCUGUUAACAAAGCCUAAGAAGCCAAAAGUGAAGCGAGCCUUUAUCCUGGAUAAAAGCAAGAUGUUAAAAUGCUCAUUGCGUUUAGAUUUAUAUACAGGAAUUUAUGCUGAGAUAGAAUUUAUUAUAGUAUUUUCUAAUGUGAAAAUGAAACUAGCAUGUUACUACUUGUGUCAGCAGUAUCCUGGCACAAUAAAACAUCCUUUAUAUCUGUUUUGUUUGCAAUAGAGACCUAUUGCGAGGCCUCCUGUUCCUUUUAUUUCUGGCUGAGGCAAGCAUCUGUGCAACAGCAACUUUUUUUUAGACAGGUGGCAGUUCAGCAUUCCUAGAAGAAAAGGAUGCCUCAUUAUGAACAUAUGCUUUCACAGUUAAGAUGUACGUGCGUUUAAGCAUAUUUUUUCCCCAUAAAGAGAAUUUUGCCUCUUGGUUUUAUCUCCAUUUUUUUUCCCUGAUGCUUGUACAGACCAAUACGCAUUAAUCCAAAACAUCCUUCAUGUUACAGAAUUUAUGAUACAAUGAUGAAGCACUUUGCUCUCCGCUCCACUGUGUUUUUAUAUGUAAUUUUUUGCUAAGUAAAGAGAACUUGAAUGACUGAGGGAGGAUGAUAGGGAGAAUAUGUCAGCUUCAGUUGCAGUACCACUGCAACAGUUUAACUGGAACAAGAGUGAUGAGUGGGGGAAAAGCAGAUAAAGCGCAAUGUCUUAAUGCUGUCAGCUUUUGUUUUCUUCCCUUGUGAUAAGUCCUUUGCCAUUAAUCAGACUUUGCCUGUGAGCAGUUGGAUUGUGGUUACUUUAGGGAGCCUGUUGCUUAUUCCUUAUUUUUUGUCAGUUGAGCCUGGAUGUUCUGGCUUGAAAUAAGGAAGCAUGGCACUAGAGUUUUCUUUGCACUUCAGGCUUUACUUCUGUCUGAUUAGAGAUUUCCAUGGGAAUUUGUUCCCUGCAGAUGCUAGGGAAAGUGUCUGUUAAAGUGGAUUUGAUAAGAUUAAUUCAUAUCAGUGUUUCUUCUCUCUUCCCUUUGUUGACCUUUCUCUGAAGUGCCUUUGUAUCAGUUGCAUAUGCAGACCGCUCUCAGAGUAGUUUGUUGAUUGCUGAAUGCUGUAGUAGACACUGAAUUUAAGGUACCCUGUAGAUAGUGCGUGUUUUCAGUUCUGGACGGUAUCUACCUCAAGGAUUAAACUUAGAAUACAAAAGCUGAAGCUAAAUCUCACAAGGUGGAUUGCAUUAUAGAACUUUUUGUUUGUUUGUUACCAAAAAGAGAUUUGGUUGCUUGUAAUGCAGAGCUCAUCCUGAAUUGUACUUUUUGAAACUGAUUACUUGCUUCAGCAGUUUUAAUAUUGUAGGGCUGGCACCUUAUAAUGUUUCAUCACAACUUCCAGAUGCGUAACUAGAUUUUAAAGGUGUUUUGUGUACUAUAUUUCCUCUUUGGGCCAUGUAUGUUUUGUGGCUUAAGCGUAAUGUAAUAACACUUUCACAGCAUGUUUUAGAACCAUAUUUUUAUGAAAUUGUUCUUUGUGUUUUCUGAACAAUAAAAAUAUAGAUAAGACAAA